AUGCGCCAUUACGCAUCGCUCUAUGCACAGCCCACCGGCAGCCAGUGCGCAGUGGCGACCAAGCCUGCCAGCGGGAAGUCCUUCACCAUCGAUGCUCUGCUCGCCAAGCCGGUGGAGACGCACAGAGACUGGACAAGUCCCAAAAACCUAACCGCACCGCCACUACUUCCCUUCCAGACCCAGAUGAGCUCUGCGCUGUCACAGUACCUCUACUCACCCAACAUGCAGCACACGCCGGUACACAGUCACACACAACCCGGAUACUCUAUCUAUUGUUGCCUGCCGUUCUCUUACCACGCGUCAUGCCGUGGGGCCUUUCGUAUACAAGAAAGAGGUCUGUCAAAGUCCCACUCAUUCAAACACAAGGGAGGGAAAUCCAAACGAAUACGCACCAGCUUCACCAACGAGCAGUUGGAUCGGCUGGAGAAGGAGUUCGCCCGACAGCAGUACAUGGUCGGCUCGGAGAGGUUCCUACUGGCUUCGGGUCUGCAGCUCACAGAAGCUCAGGUCAAGGUGUGGUUCCAGAAUCGACGCAUCAAAUGGCGCAAGCAGAGUCUGGAGCAGCAGCAGGCCAAACUGGUUAAACUGGGCCUGGUCGUAAUCCCAGUGAAGAGUCCUGGUUCUCAGGGUCUGGAGGAGGGAGAUGAGGAGGAGGAGGAGAUCGAGUCCUCAGACACAGGAUCAGAUGUGGAUAUAGAUGGGCUCCCUGACCACUGCUGACCCGUCUUGGACCACAGAACAUGAACUAAACCAGACAGUCCUAUAUGUCACUGGGGGACAGAGGGCAUCACUACCCAUUACUGUAUAAAUAUUUAAUGAAUAGA